AUCGAACGCGGGGAUAGCCUUGGUCCGGCCACCGUCCGACAAAUUCAAGAGCCGGUUGAGGUGUAUCGUUUUUAUAAAUAUUUUUGGGUGACUGCUCUCAGAACAAGUCGUGAGAGCAGGGACGCCUUCUGUCGCGGUGACGUCAUGUAUACAUUACUAUGGUUUGAAAGUAUCAAAUCAUAACGUGUUCAGCAAUGGCAAUGCCACGCGUCAAGGCCGAUCUCUCCGAAGGCACCACCAGUGGCUGGGAGAGGCUGUGCGAGACGGAGGCGCGCGCGGCGGCGCUGCGCUGUGCAGAGGCGUUCCGGCGCUCCGCCACGGACCCGGCCGCCAGUGGACCGCUCUCACCCACCGACUUCUUGCACCGGUUCAUCAACAGUUUUCAGCAGACGUUCGAGGAUCAGAUUCGCCAGUACAGCCACCUGAACGGGUACGCCACCAGCGUGGUGGCGACGGCGGCCGGCCUCGAGCCGCCGCGCCACGCUGGCCCGCCGGCCGGCCGCACUCUUCGGGAACGGUUGGGCUCUUUGAAGAGUACGCUGCGCCGGGGGCGCGCUGUGCUGCUAAGGCAGCGCUCUGACGAGUUGGAUGUGUCGCCGAGCCGCCGGCGGCGCGGCCGGCUCGCCAAAAUGGUGGUGGAGAUCAAGCACGAGGGCACGGUGAACUACCUGACGGGCGACAACCUGGAGGCCUGGAGGCGCUGCCGUCUGGCUCUGGUGCGCACUGGCGCCGGACACCUGCUCGAGUUCUUCACGCCGCCAAAGGCUGUGAGACCGAAGAGCGGCGUGUUCUGUUUCCUGAUCACAGAAGCUCGCGAAACAACGGCGCUAGAGAUGCCCGACCGCGAAAACACAUUCGUACUGCGGGCGGAGAGCGGGCUGGAGUACGUGGUCGAGACGAGUGGCGCCCACCAGAUGAGCACCUGGCUGGCGGCCAUCCGCGCCAGCAUGGACCGACCGUACACGGACGGCGACUUGCCGAGUAGCAGUCGCAGUGUGACCCACAGUCUGGCUCUGAGUGAUGGCGCUGUGCUGGAUGGGCCGCCGGAACUUCACUCGGGCGGCGCUGUGCCGCCGCUGCACGCCACCGCAGAUAACGGCACGCCGGUGGACGCUUACGGCGAGCUGCACCAGUUCCCCUGGUUUCAUGGUACGCUGGCGCGCUCCGAUGCCGCCCAGCUGGUCCUGCAAGAGCGCCAGCGCGGACACGGCACCUUCCUAGUGCGACAGUCGGAAACGCGCGUUGGAGAUUACGUGCUGACCUUCAACUACCAGGGACGACCCAAGCACGUGCGGCUGACCAUCUCGGAGGAGCGGCAGUGUCGCGUGCAGCAUUUGUGGUUCAACUCGGUGUUCACCAUGCUGGAGCAUUUCCGGCUGCACCCGAUUCCUCUCGAGUCCGGAGGCAGCAGUGACGGGACGCUGGCAGAGUUUGUGCUGGUGCCUCGCCGCGCCGCCCAAACCAGCGAGGUGGUCGCCGAGCCACGAGCGCAGUCGGCGCCCAGCGUCCCAGACCUAACCGAGGUUCGUACAUACGGUGGCUCUGUCCGACUGCGCACCGAGUCACUGGAGCGGCUGGAGCAGCAGGCCGGCGGCCUCCAGUCGGCUCAGCGGGCCGUCGACAACGCCUACUCGUUCGUCUGAGGCGCGCCUGCCAGCACCACUGGUCAGCUGCAGUGCGUCGGUGCUGCACUCGCAGCUACUCGGACAGGGACCUGCGCAAACACGUUGUACUUAUACAGGUCACCGCCGAUCAGUACCUAAUGUGAGGAUGUACGUAAUCGAACAAAAGCCGGCACCAUUCAGUAAUAGUGAGAUGUAUCGUCAAAGGCGAGCAUCGCACAGCUUCGUAUUUCAAUUAGACAACUUUCUUAAAUGUGUCACAAUUCUGCCUGCCACAGCAUACUCGCUAUCAUCGAACAACUGUAAUAUCUACCCACCUUGACGCACCCCAGAGUCUCUGUGACCGCCACUGGGCAGAGUUGUGAACCUACGCGCGUGCAUGAAGAGUCAUUGCUGUGCGAGUCAUUGCUGUGCAUUCCAGUAUAGUAUAGCCAUUGAUGAUCUGGACACAGUGGCGUAGCCAGACAUCAGCGAAAGGCUGAUGGCAUGGUGCUCGAGGGGGCGACUUUUUCGGACGCCAUUGUCAGCUAGUGACAGGGGCGUCAGUCUAAAAUGUAACGUCAUGCUUAUGCAUGAUUUACUAGGUGUUGCAAAAUACGAGUAUAAGAACCAAGUUUCGCUGUUUUUUUUCAUAAAAUCCAAUUAGUGCCAUUGCA